AUGUUCAGAACGACGUUCCUUCCCAAAAUGGCGAUGCGCACAUCGCUCACGGCAAGAAUGGCCGUUUCUCGCAUGCCAAAACCUUCGCUUAUACCGGUACGGUUCCACGGUCAUGUGCAUAAACCCAAGGCAGGAGAGGAAUUGCACGUCACAUUCAUUUUGAAAGACGGAACGCAACGCAAAUACGAAGUGUGUGCAGGAGACUCACUUCUGGAUAUCGCUCAGGCCAAUAACUUAGAUAUGGAAGGCGCUUGUGGUGGAUCUUGUGCUUGUUCCACGUGUCACGUGAUCGUAGACCCAGAUUACUAUGAUGCUCUAGAAGAGCCAGAUGACGAUGAGAACGAUAUGUUGGAUUUGGCUUAUGGACUCACAGAGACCAGUCGACUGGGAUGUCAGAUCAAAAUGAGCAAAGAUAUUGAUGGAAUUCGAGUGGCUCUGCCAGCGAUGACCCGCAACGUCAGCAGCUCUGAUUUUGAGUAA